GCAAGGCGUGCUCUCCGGGGCUCCGCCUCUUCGCGGCGCUGCAGGGGUUUGGCGCUGCAGGACCUGGGCAGUUCGGGUCCUCCGGCGGUGACGGGGUCCAGGAUGGCAUUGGACUCGGGGGACGGCGGGACUGCCUGCACGUUGGAGUUCGCGGUGCAGAUGACCUGUCAGGGCUGCGUGGACGCGGUGCGCACGUCCCUCCAAGGGAUAGCAGGUGUCCAGAGUGUGGAGGUGCAGUUGAAGAACCAGAUGGUCCUGGUGCAGACCACCUUGCCCAGCCAGGAGGUGCAGGCCCUUCUAGAAGGCACUGGGAGGCAGGCAGUACUCAAGGGCAUGGGCAGUGGCCUGUUGCAGAAUCUGGGGGCAGCAGUGGCCAUUCUUGGGGGGCCUGGCCCUGUGCAAGGAGUGGUGCGCUUCCUACAGCUGACCCCUGAGCGCUGCCUCAUCGAGGGGACCAUUGAUGGCCUGGAGCCUGGGCUGCAUGGACUACAUGUCCAUCAGUUUGGGGACCUCACGAGGAACUGCAACAGCUGUGGGGACCACUUUAACCCUGACGGGAUGUCCCACGGGGGCCCCCAGGACUCUGACCGGCACCGCGGGGACCUGGGGAACAUCCAUGCGGAUGCUGAUGGCCGAGCCAUCUUCAGAAUAGAGGAUGAGAGGCUGAAGGUGUGUGAUGUGAUUGGUCGAAGCCUGGUUAUUGAUGAGGGAGAAGACGACCUGGGCCGCGGCAGCCAUCCCUUGUCCAAGAUCACAGGGAACUCGGGAGAAAGGUUGGCCUGUGGCAUCAUCGCACGCUCCGCUGGCCUUUUCCAGAACCCCAAGCAGAUCUGCUCCUGUGAUGGCCUUACCAUAUGGGAGGAGCGAGACCGGCCCAUUGCUGGUGAAGGGCGAAAGCAACCCACCCAGCCCCCCGCCCACCUCUGAGCAGGACCUUGACCUUGGGUCGGUCACUGUCCUCUCUGCUGAGCGCCGUCCACUUCCAGAAGGAGGUCCUGCUCACCCAGUCCUAGGAAGACUAGUGUGCGGGGUGUGGAGGGGCUGCUGUGAUCUUCCCUUGGCAAAUUAAAGUUUUAUUUUCAUA